CCCUCAGUGCUGCUGGUUCACGGUAGCGCUCAGUCAGUCUUCAGGAGGCCAGUUCCUCAGUGGCAGUCGCUGACUGGACUAGUAUGGCUGACCCGGCAGUGAGUAAGUGGUCAUCGGUGUUGAAAUGGAAAGGUGAGGGGUACUGCUGACACCCUGCGGUGAGGGGUUUGGGGUCAAGAUGAAGACCAGACCGAUCGGCAGCCGGAUCAACAACGCGGACUGGAUGGGCUCCCUGUGCCCAACUCUAACGGCCAUGCCGCUGAAGUUCCUAGCCGUGCCAGGAUCCCACGACUCCUUCAGUUUCUGGGUGGAUGAAGAAGCUCCAGUUGGCCCUGAUCAGAAGGCAUUUGUCAAGCACCUGGCCACAAUUUUUCGGCUCUUGGCCAAAAAAGUGAUGAAGAAGUGGUCCAUGACUCAGAACCUCACCUUCAGGGAGCAGCUAGAUGGAGGCAUUCGCUACUUUGACCUCAGAGUCUCUUCCAAACCAGGGGAGGAAGGUCAUGAGCUCUACUUUAUCCAUGGUCUGUUUGGCCACAAAGUGCGAGAUGGACUCCUGGAUAUCAAUGCCUUCCUCAGUGCACACCGCAAAGAGGUCGUCUUCCUGGACUUCAACCACCACUACGCUAUGGAUGAAGAGCACCAUCGCUAUCUGAUCAACAUGCUGCAGGAGGUUUUUGGGUCCAAGCUCUGCAAGAUCAAUGCUGUGGAGGAAAUCACACUAGACUAUCUGUGGGAGAAGAAGUACCAGGUCCUGGUGUUUUAUCAUCAUUCAUUUGCUGAGGGCUGUCCAGUGAUGUGGCCUGGAAAUAAAAUCCCAGCUCCAUGGGCCAACACCACCGACACCACAAAGCUCAUCCAGUUUCUGGAGACUACACUGGGUGAGAGGGCUAAAUACGGCAGCUUCCAUGUGUCCCAGGCCAUCCUCACCCCCAGAGUCAAGACUGUUGUCGGAGGUCUUGUAAGGGGGCUGCGAAACUACCUUGUGGAGAGAAACUUGCCGAUCAUCAUGACGUGGGUAGAAGCACAGAAGCCAGGAGUGAACGGCGUCAACAUCAUUACCUCAGACUUUGUGGAGCUGGUGGACUUUGCCAAUACGGUGAUCCGGCUCAACGACCUGCUCCUCCCCAAACAGGCAGUAAGAUGACAUCGGCAGUGGGUGGUUGCCCAGACCAUUAAGACACUAGAGGCCAUAAGCAAACUACAGAGAAACCGAGAUCACAUGACCACCAUGGACAGCUAUUGCAAGACUAAGAUUUCGGACCAUCGUAAAGCAUCCCUAAUGCUUGAAGGAGCACCAUCUCCCAGCCUCCCAACCAUAUAGGGACCACCAUCAACUAGCAAUUACAAAUUGGAUUACUUAUUAAAUGAUCACAGACUUUGCUUUAUGUUUUAGCUCUCAGGGUAAUAGAUGUUAUGUGUAACUGUAGCUAAAUGUUAUUUUAGCUCUAUGUGAACUGAAAGUGCUUGUGGGUAACAAGGAGCCUGUAUUAACAGGCUGUAAUUCACACAUAUAUAAACAUACACUCCAAAAUAAUGUAUGCAUUUAUAAUUAUUUAAUAUAAUUUAUUGAAUUUAGUCUCUUCUAAUAAACAUCUGCUGCUUACCCUCGUGGUUUGCGGCAAGCUGGUGUGGAUCAGUGGGAUGAGUUUGUGUUUGGCACUGAAACUCUGCUUGGCUUCUCCAACCACAGGGUGCUUUUCUACUGUCAUACAGUGAAUGCCCAUAUACCCACACAUAAGACUGACCGCUUUCUCCAAAAGAACCGUGUUUGAAUUUCUCCUCUUAUUGAUUAGGCUUGACCUUUUGGCUUAGGUAAUCUGGCUAAUUUGCUAGAAAGUCUUGGGGGGGG